AUUCUAACGACUUUUGCCCCGCUUUGCCCACUCUGUCAAAACAACGGUCCAGAGGAUCUUCGGUCUUCGGUAUUUCUUUUUUCUUAUCUUAUUGUUCCUUUGACUUUUCUGAUCACCAUCGCGUGUAAGACUAGCUACCUGUAGCCGUAUCUCUUCAAUUAUUCCGCGCUAAACACUCAUCCCUGAUUUAUCUCUAUUCGUUUAUUGGUAGCCUUGUCGUAUUUCUUUUCUUUUUCCCUUUUUUUUCUGGGGACGCGAGGCGCAAGGCUCCGAGACCAGACCCAAAUCAAAGCCCGAAUUUCCCAAAUCCACGUCUCAAGUCUAGUUCAAGCCUUUGUGUGGCGGGGUCUACCUCAUUAGACAAUCGGAAUCAUCGCUCAUGUCAUCAGAUCAAGACAUCAAUCAGGUCCCUAUACAGGACCUGACCCCGGAACAAGCCAGUCACAUCAUCCACUCUCACCGCAAAGUACGAUAUGGUACGGCUUGUUGGCCAUGCAGGCAACGAAAGGUGAAAUGUGACAACAAGCAACCUUGUGAAAAUUGUGUCAAGAGAGAGCACCCACAGUUAUGUUCUUAUAAACCUAAUCGCUCAGGCGCCUCCAAGCAGGCUUCUGUAUCAGCCGAGAGUAGCCAGGGGAGGAAAAGACCGCAUUCCCCUGUCGAUAGUAUCAACAAUGACCAGAGCAGUGAUCAUCAACAGGAGGGUUGGGCUCAAGCUAUAGACGAACCUGAGCCUGUAGAGAUGGCACGCUACGUCGGCCAAAAUAGUAUUCCUGCGUUAUUGCGAGAUCAGCCAUCCCCAAUAGAUACGAAAGAUGGGAUUGACAUUCGUCGUGACAUGCGCCCCAUCCUUGGGCUCGACAACUCCGCGCCCUUCCCGCUAAUGUCCUUGAAACAUCUUGAUCGACUGACACAAGAUAUAUUCUCCGAGCUUCCUUCCGAUCGAGAAGUGAUGAUACUUUUUAGAGCCUACAAAGAGAUCACGCACCCAUUUUGGGGAUUUGUCAUCGAUAUCGACGACCUGGAAUCGCAAAUCAUGAUCUAUCUCGAAGAGAGGGCUAAGAAUGCUAGGGAACAUAGCAAGUCAACCCGACGUGUCUCCGCAUCAUGGCUAGCUAUCCUUUUCUCUGUAAUGGCCGUUGGUUCUCAGUACCGUGACUCACCAUACCAUAUUCGGACCCGAGAUGCCCAGAGAUACGUUCAGAUAUCGUUCCACUUCCUCAGGCUUGGGAACUUUCUAUUACGACCCAACCUAGAUUCUAUCCAAGCGCUACUGUUGACUGGGUUCUGUCUUCUAAACGACAUGAAAGCCGAGGCUUCGUGGGCUUUAAUCGGCAUGACAUGUCGGUUAGCGCAGUCACUUGGUCUUCACCGCGCUGUAACACAAGACGAAACCAGUUCAGUCGAGUUGUCGCAAAAGACAUAUGCAAGGAGGAAGUUAUGGUGGACUUGUGUGUGGCAUGAUACAUUGACAUCAUUGUCUUUUGACCGUCCUAACAUGACCAACAUUCAAUGUUGUUCGAUACCGUUGUCGCCCAGUUCUAACACAGAGGGGUUGUCGUACCUUGAAGCGAUGUACACUUUAUGCCAAUUAAUCUCACAACAACUCAACCCAGAUGCUACUGCCGACUACUCAUAUGAAACGAUUCUUGAAAAUUGUCGAGCUGUUGAAUCCAUUCGAGAGCGAGUUUACCCCCAGUUACGCAGUAAGGAAGCUUGCAAGAGUGUGGUUGAUAAAUUGCAACACUAUGCUAUACGUUUACACACUGCUUUCGUGGUAUCCGUGUGCUGUCGUCCCGCUCUCCGUCGAGAUUGUACUGGGCUAGCGGCUGCUGAGAAGAAAGCUUUGGCCGACAAGUGCAAGGAUAAUUUAACCGAGACCGUACGGAUGUUUCUAUCGAUGCACCAGCUAUCUUUUAUCCCUACUCGAAGUUGGGCAUUCACUUACCACGGACUUUCUUCUGCCGUGCUCCUCGGCAUACUAUGUGAGACAAAGCAAGAUCCCGAAGUCCGUCGACUCCAAGGGGAUCUGAUAUCAGCGCUAUCAGCCGCAGCAGCUAAGGAGCAGACAAGUCCUACCCCAGAGCAUAUUCCUAAGAUUGAUAGAGACAUUGAAUUAUCAGGUCCCCUCUCUCGAGCCUUAACUGCGUUAAAGAACAUAUACGACUAUGGAUCUCUGCACGGAGCAUCCGGAAUCAAGAGCGAAAGCGCGUCUGGGGCUCGCACACCGACUGGAGCUGUGAUCCCCCAGGGAAUGCAAAAUCUCAACCAACAAUUCCGUUUGCAGCCUGGAUUCGAUAGACACCAAGACGCCGCUCUCGCUAUGGCAGAACUACAGAAUGGGAACAAUGUUCCAGAUUUCUCGACGACUAUGUCGUACCAACCAUCAAUACAGCAACAAGUUGGAAUGCCAGACUUGAACCAACUAGAUCCUACAACUCUGGCACCUAUGGAACUUUAUGAUUCAAUAUUUUGGGAAUCACCAGAUCCCUUUUAUACAGGAGCAGAUAUGAAUUUCGACUUCCUCCCACAAGCUCCUCCCGGCCAAUCGCAACAACAGUUCUACUUUUAGGGUUAUAUGGUAAGUCAGAACGACUGAAAGUUGGAUGACCAAAGGAUUUAGGUGUUAAUAUCAUAUACUGUUUAUACUCUCCCAUGUCGAUGACGUUAGCUCUCGAACAUAGGAUUCUGGUUCGCAGGAGUUUGUUUUGACCAGGGCUUAGCGAGGAAACUCUACUGGUGUCUAUUGGAGUUUGUUGGAGUAUCAUGACCAGGAUCGUCGAAUAUUACCUGUGUCUUUUUAUCUAUAACUAUGUUUAGUUAUUAUAUAACCUUGGGUAUUCUUACGUAUCGUAUCUACCUUAGGCAGGUAUCUAUGACUAGUAUUCAAUCUAUCACCAGAUAUAACUUCAACAG